AUGCGCCGCGGUGAAGUCACGCGCGACCCUCCGGGGUACCGUUACUCAAAACAGGCGAGACGGCCCAACCUUCUUCUCUACCAGUCUUGGGGCCUGGCGUCCCCUGGCCGCAGCGGUGGUGGCAGGGUGGAGGUGGUGAAGAUCUUACUUUGCAAAAAUAUACCCUUCUCUCCCCUGCUCCAUGCAGGUGCAUCUUCCCCCUCCAUGCCGCUCGCCGAACCGUGGGACACGGCGCUGGGGCACAGACCUGAUGUCCCUUCAAGGACACAUGGAGGGGCGAAAUCCAACGCAGACCUGGAAGUUGUGAGGGAGAUCGAAACCACCGAGAGUAAGAUCGACGAUGUGCAAGCACAAAUCUCAGAUGCGAAGGACUUCAUCAAAGAGAAGCGUCAGGCGCAGGUGAUGACGGAGGAGGAGCAGGCCGCGCUGGACGCCAAGUGCACGCUGCUGAUGGACCACAUGGCGGAGCUGGAGGCGGCCACGGUGCAGCUGGAAGGCCUGGUGGGGCUGGAGGCGGCCCCGGAGGAGCCGCCCUCGCACGAGCUGCUCGCGGCCAGUCCGGGGCCGGCCACGGCGCGGCUCGAGGACCGCCUCCCGCGCGUCAUCGUGACGGGACUGAACGACGGGGUGCUGCCCGGCCUCGUGGUGCUGCCGCGCCCCGUCAAGGAGCUGGGCACCACCGUCUCGCCGCAGCCACAGGCGCUGGUGGACCGACUCUCGAGCGAGCUGAGCCUCAGCUACUCCCUCCAGGAGAAGCUCGCCUGCGACAACGAGCACCUGGAGAACGUGAGGUGCGUGACGCACGUGGACCCGCGGUCCGAGCUCGUCGACACCAUCGUGCAGAAGGACGCUGAGGUGGAACAGCUGGAGAAGAAGAUGCACUGCCUGCAGAGGGACAUGUGGAUUGUCAGCAACGAGAACGCCAAGCUCAACGAGCAGUUGGCAAACCUGCGGUCGCGGCUGGGGGUGUCGCCGGCGGGGGAGAUCCCGGAGCGAGACGGCCCCGCGCGGAGCGACAAGGCGACUCAAGAGAUGGCGGCCAUGAUCAGCCACCACGCCAACCAGACGGCCGCGCUGGAGAGGCAGCUGAACGAGGUGACUGCCGAGCUGAACGUGUUGAAGAAGGAGCUGCAGCAGGUGCAGAAGGAGCGCGAGCAACUGAGUGAAAUGCGCAAGCUACUUCAGUGCGCCUCUCCUUCCAUCUGCACGCCCGCCACUUGCCCGGCUGUCGUACAGGGACGCGCGAUGGGGCUGGUGCCGGCGGCGGCAGCUGCGCCGGCCGGCGAGCCCGGCGACGACCGCUGCGCGCGCCUGCAGCAGCAGCUGGCCGAGCGCGAGCGCGAGCUGACGGCGCUGCGCGUCGAGACGGAGCGCCUCAAGGACGAGCUGGUUCGCGCGCGCGCCGACAGAGAGCAGGGCGAGGCGGCGCUGGCCGCGGCGCAGGACCGGCUGCGGCGCGCCGAGGCGCAGCUGCAAGAGCAACAGGGAGCUCGCGGGGCGCUGCGCGAGACGGAGGCGGCGCUGUGCCGCGCGCGCCAGGAGCUGCAGCAGGCGCACCUCGACGGCCAGGACCUGCGCUCCGAGCUGCAGGAGCAGACCGCGCUGUGCGCCAAGUACCGCGGCCGCUACCUGGCCAACGAGCAGCUCAUCGCGGACCUGCAGCAGCAGCAGCAGGCGGCGCGCGACGACCUCAUGCGCUCCACCGCCAUGCUCAACGACGAGAUACAGCGUAUCAGGGCGGAUUGCCAAGAGAAGCUGCAGGCGAUGGCGCACCUGCCCGACCUGAUCGGCACGCUGCAGCGCAAGGAGCGCGAGGCGGACCAGGCGCGCGUGCUCGCCGAGGCCCGCUGCAAGGAGCUGCUGCGCGAGCUGCAAGACGUGUCUGCGCGCAGCGACGCUCUGGCGCGCCAGCUGCAGGAGACCUCGUCCGGCUCGCAGCUGGGCCAGGACCACCGCUCCGCUCUGCAGGCUCGCGCCGAGACGCUCGACGUGCGCUGCGAGGGACUCUCCCGCGAGAACACUUCGCUCAGGGAGAAGGUGCAGUCGCAGCAGAUGGAGCUGGACAAGCUGUGCAAGGCGGUGGAGGAGCGCGACAUGCACGCACUGCAGUUGCGCGAACAGCUGCAGCUGGCGCAGGAGGGCUGCGCGCGCAGCCUGAGCCGCGCCAAGGACAACGCCGAGCGCCAGCGCGCCACCCUGCUGGAGCAGAUGCACGAUCUGGAGCGCCAGCUGGCGCACACCCGAGCAGCCGUCUGCAUGGCGCAUAAGGAACGAGAUGACAUGCGAGCGCAGAUGAACAACCAGGUGCGAGAGCUGACGGACAGCUUCCAGCAAGCCCAGACGAGAAUCCAUUCACUACAAUCCCAGGUCAACAUGAUGAAGAGCUACUACGACGGUGGUGGGUUGAUGGCCAACGAGUCGGGUAUCUGUUACAGCGAAAAGCCAAUUUAAUUCUGCGAUAGGCCAUCUAUAAAUAAUGUGUGUUUAUUUUACAACCUAAGAAUUUACAUUUUUCUUAUUAUUCUAAAUUUUGUAAUGUAUAAGUAUAGUGUCAAAUGUGUAUGAAUUUAUUUUGAAUUCUAAUAAAAUAUGUCAUUAAAUAA